AUGGGGGCAACAUUGAAUAGGUUUAGCCAGGAUAUCUCUUUGGUUGACAAGCAGCUUCCUCCGGCACUGGGCGACCUGAACACCCAGAUUUUCAAGCUUCUAGCGCAAAUGGUGCUCAUAUUGAGCAUUCAACCGUUGAUCAUAGCGACAAUUCCAAUCUGUUUCGUCUGCGUGUAUUUCAUCCAGCGAAUCUAUCUCCGAACGUCUAAACAACUUCGCAUCCUUGACCUGGAGUCCAAAUCACAUGUUUACACCAGUAUUAUUGACACAGUGAACGGUGCAACUACAAUCCGAGCUUUUGGCUGGCAGGAAAUCUUUCAGCACAAGCUCGAUAAGGCUUUGAAUCUUUCCCAAAAGCCUUCAUACCUGCUUCUCUGUCUGCAGUGUUGGUUGAAAGUUGCCCUUGAUUGCUUGAUUGCAUCGAUUGCGAUCACUCUCAUUGCACUCACUAUAGGAUGUAGAGACACUACAACUGGUGCCGAUAUUGGAUUGGCAUUCAAUCUCAUUAUAGUGGCAAACGGCACACUCUUGAAACUCGUGAAAUCAUGGGCAUCACUAGAGACCUCCCUAGGAGCCGUUUCUCGAUUGAGGAGCGUACAAGUCUCUCUAUCAAAUGAAGACGAGGCCUUGGUGGACAAUAUUUCGGUCUCCUAUUCUUCGUCGCCGGACCUUGCCUUGCGGAAUAUGUCUAUUCAAAUUGUUGCUGCCCAGAAAGUGAUUGUUAUGGGACGAACAGGAAGUGGAAAGAGCACACUCAUGCUUUCUUUACUCAAGCUUCUCAAUACCAAAGAAGGGAAGAUUGAAAUAGACGGUAUCGAUAUUGCUCAAAUUUCCUCAAGUGCUGUGCGCCGACGCGGGAUCAUCGCAGUGCCACAAGAUGGCUUCAAUAUCCCAACAGCAACCUUAAGAUUCAAUCUGGAUCCUUACCACAUGAACUCCGAAGAAGCAAUAAUCAAGGCCCUGAAGAAGACAAGACUUUGGGAAAGGCUCACAUCAGUUUCUAGUAAAAUGCAUGAAAACCCAGAUGAAGAACAAUUUGAACCUGCGAGAAUACUUGGCUUACCAAUGUCAUUAUUCCUACCGCUAUCUGCUGGUCAAUUACAGCUCUUUGCACUGUGUCGGAUGCUGCUGCGGGUAUGGUCAGACGUUUCGACGAAGCCUGUUAUUAUCUUGGAUGAAGCAAGCUCCUCCCUGGAUCUCGAAACAGAGUGCAUCCUCCAUGACAUUAUGGUGAAAGAUCUUUGUACCCAUACAGUUGUGAUGAUUGCCCACCGCAUUGAUGGAAUAAUCAGUGCUUUGAAGCCCGGGCAUGAUAAAAUGGUGACAAUAAAGGAUGGGCUGCUAUUGUCAGAAUCUUCGGUUAAUGGAGUCCGGUAG